AGUGCACUUUAAUUGUUUAUAUUUUGUCAUAUUUUAAUACAGAUGCUCCCAUAGUAGCAUUCUUAGAUCUGAUUGAGCUGAAUGGACAAGACGCUGAAACUAUUGAAAAAACCUUAUGGUUAGGUUUAGAACGUGUAGGAAUAUCAAGGUCGUUUGCGUUGAAGAAUUGGAUUGCGUUUGCAAGCGAUGGUGCAAGUGUGAUGAUGGGUAGAAAAGCUGGAGUCGCUGCAAAAUUGUGUGAAAAGAUGCCGCAACUAUUCGUAUGGCAUUGUUUAUGCCAUCGCCUUGAACUAUCAGUACACGACGUCUUAAAAAACUGCACUGGUGUUUCCCGUUUCCAGAGUUUCAUGGACAAACUCUACACGUAUUACCACCAAAGUCCCAAAAACUCGAGGGGAUUAGAUCAAGCUUGUGUGGAAGUGGGCAUUGAAAUGAAAAAAAUAGGUCGUAUCUUAAAUGUCCGCUGGUCUGCUAGUAGCUUCCAAACAGUAAAGGCUAUAUGGAACAACUAUCCUGGUAUUCAUACGCACGUCUCUGAAAUUCGUGAUUCUACAGCUAAUGGGAUAAAAAAAAAAUUGGAAUCUUCUUCCUUCCUUUAUGAACUUGGACUCUUCUACGAUGUCCUUUCUGAACUUGGAAUGUUAUCUCGCAUACUUCAAUCUAGGAAAACAACUUUAAUGCAAGCUCAAUCGGAGAUGUGCAGAACAAUUAGGAUUCUAGAAAGCUUGAAGGCUAAUCCUGGUGAAAAAGAAAUGGAAGUAGCUAAAGCUAUUCAAAAAUCAGUUCAUAAAGGUGUCAAAAUUACAAUAACAAAUUCUGGAGGGAUAAACAGGCUUCAGUUUUUGCAGAACUUAGUUGACAACAUGCGUCAACGUUUGUUCAAAGACCAUGAAAAUAGUACAAUGUUAGAAGACCUAAAGGUGAUCGACGAAGUAUUUAAAACGGAAACCGACGACGCCAGAGGAGAAGAUGAAGUCAAAAGAGUGGCAUGUAGAUUUGGUUUAUCUGAGUUUGAAAGUGUUAUAGAUUUUCGUACACGUAAUGCUUAUUCUAGUCUGAUAAAAACGCUGAACAUACUCCCCACAACAACAGCUGAUUGCGAACGAGGGUUUUCCGAUAUGAACCUCACGAUAACUGAUUUAAGAACUCGUUUAACAAUUGAAAAUGUGUCAGAUUUGAUGUUCAUCUCCAUAAAUGGCCCUCCUAUUGCAGAUUUCAAUCCACGACCAUAUGUGAAGGUUUGGCUUCGAGAGCAUCGAUCGGCAGUCUCUGCAUUACGUGGUAAAAGAAGUGAGGAAAUAGACCAGCAAGGCAGAGAGUCCCAAAAACAAUUUUUUAUUAAUAUAUUUAAAUAA